UCGGCCAAUCAGAGGCGGCGGAGACGCUCGGCAGCUCUAUAAAGCCUCCGUGGAGGCACCGUGAGAGGCAGGAAUGAAAAACAAUAGAAAGCUCCACACUGACCACUCGUCUAAAGACUCUUUCAACCUUUUGAUAUUCUUCUACACUUAACACGAGGCGUUCAGGGUCAAGAAAAAUGGCCACCUCAGCCAGUUCACAACUGAACAAAGCUGUCAAGCAGCAGUACAUGAGCCUCCCUCAGGGGGACAAGGUCCAGGCCAUGUACAUCUGGAUCGAUGGUUCUGGAGAGGGACUUCGCUGCAAGACCAGAACUUUGGACUCUGAGCCCAAGACGAUCGAGGAUCUUCCCGAGUGGAACUUCGACGGGUCCAGUACCUACCAGUCGGAGGGCUCCAACAGCGACAUGUUCCUGAUCCCGGCAGCCAUGUUCAGGGACCCGUUCAGGAAAGACCCCAACAAGCUGGUGCUCUGCGAGGUGCUCAAGUACAACCGCAAGCCAGCAGAGACCAAUCUGCGGCGCACCUGUAAGCAGAUCAUGAGCAUGGUGGAGAACAACCACCCGUGGUUCGGGAUGGAGCAGGAGUACACCAUCCUGGGAACGGACGGACAUCCCUUCGGCUGGCCCUCCAACGGCUUCCCGGGUCCACAAGGGCCGUAUUACUGCGGCGUGGGAGCAGAUAAGGCGUACGGCCGCGACAUAGUGGAGGCGCACUACAGAGCCUGUCUCUACGCUGGAGUCGACAUCUGUGGGACCAAUGCAGAGGUCAUGCCAGCUCAGUGGGAGUUCCAGAUCGGGCCCUGUGAAGGUAUCAACAUGGGAGACCAUCUGUGGGUCGCUCGCUUCAUCCUUCACAGAGUGUGUGAAGAUUUCGGCGUGGUCGUGUCCUUCGACCCCAAACCAAUCCCAGGGAACUGGAACGGCGCCGGCUGCCACACCAACUUCAGCACAAAGGAGAUGAGAGACGACGGUGGACUGAAAGUCAUCGAGGACUCCAUCGAGAGGCUAGCAAAGAGACACCGGUAUCACAUCCGCGCCUACGAUCCCAAAGGCGGGCUCGACAACGCCAGGCGCCUCACCGGUCGUCACGAAACCUCAAGCAUCGACGAGUUCUCAGCCGGCGUGGCCAACCGCGGAGCCAGCAUCCGCAUCCCUCGAGCCGUGGGGCAGGACAAGAAGGGCUACUUCGAGGACCGCCGUCCGUCCGCCAACUGCGACCCUUACAUCGUCACAGAGGCUCUGGUGCGCACGUGUUUACUCAAAGAGGAAGGAGAGGAGCCCACAGAUUACAGCAAAUGAACAGUCUUAAGGCCAAGUGUCGUUACCGGAACUGUAUUUAGUUUUGUCUGUUUCAAGACUUGACAGGUUUUCCCUUUAUAGGGGGGAUUUUUAUACUUGACAGAUGAAAUCACAAUCGAGGGGGUGUUCCUGUUCGCACACUCAGUUGUAAGCAUGCAGGUUUACCUCUGGCACAAACACUGCCAUAUUUUUUUCCAACACAUGUAAUCACGAUGUCCUGGUAGCUGAUGAUUUGUGUAGAAUUACAAUGUUGUAAUGUGUUUUAUUUGUACUAAUGACAAACUGUCCAAGUGCAGCAGGAAUUGGCUGCAGAUCUUGUAAACUUUGACCCAAAGGAUCUAAAAGCAAAUUGAAUGUUUUUAUCAGUCUUGGCCACAAUGUUGUUGUUAUCAUGUUGUGCAGAGACGAGAUGGCGUAAGCCUACUUUUGUAUGUUUUUUUUUAUAUAAAUGAUGCAUGUUUGAAAUGUCUGUUUUUCCACUUGAAAUGUCACAUGCCAAAAAAAAACAAAAAAAAAACUUGAAUAAACAUCUAACAUUUUUACGUCCGA